AUGGUAAGAGAUUGUUUUCAAGAAAAUGAGUUUCAAGAUGUAAGCUUGAAGCUGAUUGGAAUAAGAGAUAAGGAUGGAAGAGUUCACAAUUUGCCAACAACAUCAGAAAUUGCUGCUUUAAUACAUGGUGAUUUUGAUGGAGCAUUUGAUAAACGGGACAUUGUUAUUAGAAAGAAGUCUGGUGGUCUUCAAAGAAUUAAUGAGCUUCAUCCCUCUUACCUUGCUUUGCAAUAUCCACUUAUUUUCCCAUAUGCGGAAGAUGGUUAUAGAGUUGGUAUUAAACAUAGAGGGAUUGCGAUUGAUGAUGAGCAGUUUUUGGUUGAUGGAUACACGAUGAUAGAAUCUGCCAGACUGAAUUAUAUAAGGACACAACAACCUAAACUUAGAGUGCAAAAUCUUAAGAAUUUGAAUGCUACUGUUGAAAGUGGAGAGAAUAAUGCCUCAAGUUGUGGUAAACCUAUACUUUUACCUUCAUCAUUUACUGGUGGUUCUAGAUAUAUGAUGCAAAAGUACUUGGAUGCUAUGGCAAUUUGCAAGUCUGUUGGAUAUCCUGAUUUAUUCAUAACGGUGACUUGUAAUCCAAACUGGCCUGAGAUUUACAGGUGUUUGCACGAUAAAGCUCUUAAUGCUGAAGACAGACCGGAUAUUAUCUCUAGAAUAUUCAAGUGUAAAUUGGAUCAUCUUAUAAAAGAUUUCAAGAAACAUAAAUUCUUUGGUGAUAUACAAGCAGCCCACUGUUCAAAAAUUUCAGUUAUGUAUACAGUGGAAUUUCAGAAGCGUGGACUCCCACAUGCUCACAUAUGUUUGUUCUUGGGUGCUGAAAGCAAAUUUCCAAAUGCAUCUGAUAUUGAUCGUGUUAUUACUGCUGAGAUACCAGAUAAAGAAAGAGAUCUUGAAUUAUAUGAGCUUGUCAAGCAAUUUAUGAUUCAUGGACCAUGUGGUACAGACAACCCACUUUGUCCAUGUAUGGUUCAGCAAAAAUGUUCUAAAAAGUUUCCCAAAAAAUAUGUAGAUGAGACUUGUGUUGAUUCUGAAGGAUAUCCUGUCUAUCGUCGCCGUCAAACAAGUAAUAUGGUAGUAAAGAAUGGUGUGACACUUGAUAAUAGAUUUGUAGUUCCUUACAAUGCUCUCCUGCUCAGAAAGUAUCAGUGCCACGUUAACGUUGAAUGGUGCAACCAGUCAGGUUCUAUCAAAUAUUUGUUUAAAUAUAUUAAUAAGGGGCCUGAUAGAGUCACUGCUUCUGUUUUUCAAGCCAAUAGCACCAAGAAUAAUACGGAACAGAAUGUAGCUGUAGAUGAGAUAAAAGCAUACCUUGAUUGUAUAUAUAUCUCUGCUUGUGAAGCUGCUUGGAGAAUAUUCAUGUAUGAUAUACAUUAUAGAUAUCCAGCUGUUGAAGUAUUACCUUUUCAUUGUGAAGAUGGUGAGAGUAUUGUGUAUAACGAUCAUGAUAAUUUGUGUGAUAUUGUUACUGAUCCAACUGUGAAAAUGACAAUGUUUACAGAGUGGAUGAAUUGUAAUAAAGUCGAUGAAUUUGCCAGGACAUUAAGGUAUGUUCAGUUUCCAGGAUAUUAUGUAUGGAAUGCUAAAAAUCACAAAUGGAAUCGAAGAAAGCAUCCGUAUGGAUCAAUUGCGAGGGUACAUUAUGUCCCACCAUCACUUUGUGAUUGUUAUUACCUAAGGAUUUUACUGAAUCAUAUUAAGGGACCAACCUGUUUUGAAGAUAUAAAAACAGUUGAUGGGCAGGUUUUUCAAACAUUUAAAGAUGCAUGUUUUGCACGGGGGCUGUUGAAUGAUGAUAAAGAAUAUGUUAAUGCUGUCAAAGAAGCUAGCACAUGGUCAACCGGAGAUUUCUUGAGGACCUUUUUUGUAAUGUUGUUUCUGUCAAAUUCGAUAUCUCGUCCUGAUUUGGAUCUUCAACGGGAAGAACUUGAAAAUAUCUGUCUAUCUGAAAUUGAAAAGUUGCUACUUACCAAUGGAAGUACAGUGAGAAAUUUUGAUGAUAUGCCAAGUGUUCCGGACAAUUAUGUUUCAUCAUCGAACAAUCUAUUGAUAAUGAAAGAAUUAUCAUAUGACAGACUAGCUCUUCAAAGGGAACAUGAUCGUUAUCUAAAGUGUUUAACUGCCGAACAGGAAAGGAUAUAUAAAAUUGUUAUGGAAGCGAUUGAAAAAGGUGAUGGAGGUGAAGUUGUAUUGAAUGUUGGAUCUAGUGGAAUUUCUUCAAUUUUGCUGGAUGGUGGUAGAACUGCUUAUUCAAGGUUUGUAAUUCCAAUCAACAUUAAUGAGAAUUCAAUAUGUUCGAUAGAGCCUAAUACUGAGUUAGGUGAUUUAAUUAAAAGAGCAACAUUGAUUAUUUGGGAUGAAGCACCUAUGACUCACAAGCAUUGUUUCAAGGCUCUUGAUAGAACAAUGAGAGACAUAUCAUGUUCCAGUCAACCGAACAUGCAAUCGAAGCCGUUUGGGGGAAAGGUCAUUCUAUUUGGUGGUGAUUUUAGACAAAUUCUUUCGGUCAUCCCUAAAGGUACCAGAACAAUAAUAGUCAAUGCUUCUUUGAAUUCUUCUUAUAAAGUAUUAAAGCUAACUGAGAAUAUGAGAUUAAGAGUUGGUUGUCAGGAAGCAGAUUUGAAAGAAAUAAAGGAAUUUGGAGAAUGGAUUUUAAAGCUUGGUGAUGGUCUGCUUGGUGAAGAAAAUGAUGGUGAGAUUGAUAUUGAAAUACCAGAUGAUUUACUUAUUCAUGACUAA